AAGAGCAGCUAACCUGGCCAGCUGGUCCCCAGCUGCAUUAACUUGUUGCUUUUCAAGCCAUCUCUGGAGGCUGUUGGUUCCUUCUGUGCCAGCUCUGAGUGGGGAAUCCCAAGGCUUCUUUGAAGAUGGAGGAAGCCCCAGGGCAGUGGGCGAUAUUAAUGGACCCAACGAUGACUCUGAAUAAUGUCACCAUGCGCCAGGGCACUGUGGGCAUGCAGCCGCAGCAGCAGCGCUGGAGCGUCCCAGCCGAUGGCAGGCAUCUGAUGGUCCAGAAAGAGCCCCACCAGUACAGCCAGCGCAACCGUCACUCUGCUACCCCCGAGGACCACUGCCGCCGGAGCUGGUCCUCCGACUCCACGGACUCAGUCAUCUCCUCCGAGUCGGGGAACACCUACUACCGGGUGGUCCUCAUAGGGGAGCAGGGGGUGGGCAAGUCCACGCUGGCCAGCAUCUUUGCGGGCGUGCACGACAGCAUGGAUAGUGACUGCGAAAUGCUGGGAGAAGAUACAUAUGAGCGAACACUGAUUGUUGAUGGGGAAAGUGCAACAAUUAUACUCCUGGACAUGUGGGAAAAUAAGGGGGAGAAUGAGUGGCUCCAGGACCACUGCAUGCAAGUCGGGGAUGCCUACCUGAUUGUCUACUCCAUCACGGACCGAGCCAGCUUUGAGAAGGCAUCUGAGCUUCGAAUCCAGCUCCGCAGGGCCCGGCAGACAGAGGACAUUCCUAUAAUUCUGGUUGGCAAUAAAAGUGACCUAGUGCGGUGCCGGGAAGUGUCUGUAUCAGAAGGGAGAGCGUGUGCCGUGGUGUUCGACUGCAAGUUCAUCGAGACCUCUGCAGCUGUCCAGCACAACGUCAAGGAGCUGUUUGAAGGCAUUGUGAGGCAGGUCCGCCUCCGGCGGGACAGCAAGGAAAAGAAUGAGCGGCGGCUGGCCUACCAGAAGAGGAGGGAGAGCAUCCCCAGGAAAGCCAGGCGCUUCUGGGGCAAGAUCGUGGCCAAAAACAACAAGAACAUGGCCUUCAAGCUCAAGUCCAAAUCCUGCCAUGACCUCUCUGUGCUCUAGGCACCCGGAGUCAGCCAAUGUCCCCCACUGGACAUCACUGAAGGCCAUUGGGACCCAUAAUCUAUAUUAGAUUGGAUUCUUAAGUAUUGUUAGAUGUGGCUUCCCCUAUUGGUAGCUGGGAACUAACGUGCUAGGCUGAUGGGCGACAAAAUGCAUGAGAAAUGAAAGAGCUUUGUGAAGACUCAGUAUUUAUUUACAGGAAAAGCCUGACCUUUGCUACUUGAACACCCAAGACUCAUUAGGGGACAUGGUUGGUAUUCACAUGUGUUUCCUCUCUCCUUUGGCUAGUAGAGAAUUGAAGCCUGCAAAAUGAUGCCUAGACAAGAAUUUUUCAUUAUUCAAAUUUUGCCUGGUGUUCUGUUAUGUGAAUUUGAGGCCAAUCAGUGGGUCAUAAACAAAUAUAGGAAAGCCAUCAAAGGAAUUUUUCAAAGGAGGGAGAACUUCUUUCUCUGUACCUUAUAUUUGUGGAGCUAGGAUUGCAGAACUGGGUUCAUCACGAUCAUCACUGUUAUUGCUCCAUGAAGCUGUGAGAAGACAUGAUGGACUUGCUGGAAACUAAAGCUUAGUAAACAAUUUUUGUUCAGUGCCCACAGUCAGAGAUCCAGAAGUCUAUAGAAUUGGGAACUGCUACAUGUACCACUAAUGGGUUCAAAAAUUAUAUCUUUACUACUGU